AUGGCUACCGCUCUUCUGGGUCCGAGGGAGAUUCGACUGCUAAACGAACGCUAUUACAGAGGCGUCAUGGUUAUGGAGAUCAUGAAACUGUCGCUGGUCUUAGCCGACAGCAAGUGUGUCAAACUGUCCUUGAAGAUGAGGGAAGAAUGGUCUGCAUGGAACUGGAUCAUGCGCACAUGCAGGAUCCCAAAGUCACGUCAGGUUUGGCUAUGGAAAACUUUAGACAUUGAAGGGACACACUGGUGCAGCGGCUUGGCCAUCAAGCAGGUUCACAAAACAACCGUUGACGGUAACCGUGCUAACCGUGGCGUGAGCUCUACCGAAACAGAUAUCAAGAAUGCAAGAAAGAACCUGGCGAUGGAGAUCCUCUGCACUAUCGACGACUCUGCAAAUUCCGUCAAGGCGUGGGAGAAGGUGGACUGGAAGGGGUUUGAGAAGGCGAUUGACGAGAUCCAAAACCUCUUGGCACACAAGGACAUGUCCAAUCGCAGUGAUGUCCCUGUCGACCCAGUCCCUGUCGAACCGGUCACGUCUACUGCUGAGAUCGACGCCGAAGACGUGUUGGUUGUAAACAAGGAAGAUGUUAUUAUCGACUGGGAUCGGCUCCGAGCCAUCAUGGCAUCUAGCGACCAAGACAACGACAACAACCAUGAUCAACAAUCAUGA